AUGGGUAUACUCGAUAGGCUACGGCCUGACCCCAGUGCAGGGUCGCCCGAAAUCAUUAGAAGUUCUUCUGUCACUGCCAACGAAAAACAUGGCUCGACGGGUGGUGAACCAAUCGUGCUCGAUGCCGAUCAGUCGAAGAACAUCAAGUCUGUCGCGGCCGAGGACUCUGACAACAGUGAUGAGCUCGUGCACAAGGACAUGCAGACUGGUGUCCAGAAGAUCGAGGGUAUGGCUCAAGUUUGGCCAAAAUGGGCAUUGUACUUUACAUAUGCCUGGGUUUGGGUCAUCUACUUCAUUGACGCUUUUGAAGGCCCAACUGGUUGGCAAUUGACACCGUAUGUCACCAGCGAGUUCUCCCUACACGGUCUCACUGCCAUCACCGGAGUUGUCGCUCAACUGGUUGCUGGACUAUCCAGACUUCCCCUCGCCAAGCUUAUUGACGUCUGGGGACGCCCUGAAGGCCUUGCAAUAUGUGUGACGCUCAUGACUCUUGGAUCCAUUAUGAUGGCAGCUACAAACAAUGUUCAAACUUAUGCUGCGGCGGAAGUCUUCAGUCAAGCAGGUGGGAACAACCGAAAUUAUAUCCUGAGCGUGCUCCUUGCCGAUACUUCGCAGCUCAAGAAUCGAGGACUUAUCUUCGCCUACAUCGCCUCGCCAUACCUAAUCACAACCUUCACAUCUGGCUACUUUGCACAGGCAAUGCUCAACGGCCCCGGAUGGCGCUGGGCGUUCGGAAUCUUUUCUAUCCUCCACCCAGUGCUCAACCUACCACUGAUCGUCCUAUUGAUGUACUAUCAACGAAAGGCCGUCAAGGCGGGCCUUGUGCCCGUUCGCGAUUCCGGCCGCACGAUACUGCAAUCGAUCAAAUUCUACGCGGUCGAAUGCGAUGCCAUUGGCUUGUUCCUCAUCAUCACUGGCCUUGCACUUUUCUUGCUGCCAUUCAGUCUUUUCCCGUACCAAGGCCUAACACUUUCGGAGCAAUGGUCUUCCGCUCUGGUGCUUUCAAUGCUGAUUCUAGGCUUCGUCAUCAUCAUUGCCUUCGUCAUCUGGGAAUGGAAGUUUGCGCCAGUCACAUUCAUUCCGUUCCACCUGCUAAAGGAUCGGACAAUCCUCGGGUGCGCUUUGAUCGCUGCCAUUUUGUUCAUUGAGUUCUAUAUCUGGAACAGCUAUUUUGCCUCAUUCCUGCAGGUUGUGCCGGGCCUUAAUGUUGUGCAGACUGGAUACGUCCUAAAUAUCUACAGCAUGGGCGCUUGCUUCUGGAGUUUUAUCUCGGGCUUUAUCCUACGAUAUACAGGCGACUUCAAGUGGCAAUCUCUGCUCUUCGGCAUGCCGCUCACGUUUCUUGGUAUUGUACUUAUGAUCGUCUUCCGCCAACCAGAUGUCAACAUUGGCUACAUCGUCAUGUGCCAACUGUUCAUCGCUUUCGGAGGUGGUACGCUCGUUAUCUGUCAACAAGUUGGCGCCAUGGCAGCCACUACUCAUCAAUAUAUCGCCGUUGUUUUGGCUAUUCUGUCAGUCUUCAACUCCAUUGGUGGGGCCAUUGGCGGCUCGAUCGCUGGCGCUGUGUGGGGAGGAACCUUUACCUCCGACCUUGCACGAUACCUCCCGGCAGAGAGCCAGACCAACGCGACCAUCAUUGCGGGCAGUCUAGUUGAGCAGCUCAGUUAUCCUGUAGGAGAUCCAACGAGAGUUGGCAUCCAGAAUGCUUACGGUAAUUCUCAGAGAAUCAUGUUGAUCGCGGCUACCGCAAUCACUGCUCUGGGCUUUCCGGCUGUUCUCAUGUGGCGAGCUAUUGAUACUAGGAAGAGGAAACAGGUCAAGGGCAGAGUGUUGUAA